CAACAUUACAAGGAGACCUUGAAAGCAACUGUUACCAUGACAACAGUACGCAAACAGAAAGAGCUUCGCUUGAAGUGUGAGAAGAUACAUGCUGAUGUAUGAACGGUGUAAUCAGACGCUAACGUAUACACUGAGCCAGAUGCCAGUAGUAAGAUCUGAGAUGUCUUCGCCACAGCCCAAAGCACCAGAGAUUUCUUCAACCAGUGUUGUUGUUUCAGGGACUGAAAGUACUGCCAAAUUACGCAAAACAGAUUCGAGGAUGAAGAGGAGAGAGACUCGACAGAGCCCAUUCAAAGUGCCAGACAGUAAUAGCAUUCUCCUACUGAGCAUAAACAAAAAGGAGGACCGAAAAGAGAAGAUGCAUAAAUACCUGACUUUGCCAAUUGACGAGAAGACGUCCCAUGCAAGAAUGAAGCCCGAGCUGAACAAAGACAGGGUAGAACAAGUUGAGGAAGGGGAACAAGAAAAGGAGAAGAUGAAGAAUAUAAAACAAAUCAAAAGUAAGACAGUUCUCCCUAAACAAACCCAUGGUCGACAUGAGCUGAAGAUGACUAUGAUGAAACGAGAAAACAUUACAAAAGACAGCAAACAUGACUUAAUCUACAUGGAACGGCAGAAGGCAGUGCUGGAGUUAUCUCUAAUAACGAAGAGGUCCGAGAUUGUGAAGAUGGACAAGGCCAUUGUUAAAAUGGAGGAACAGCUGAAUCAGCUCGACAAGAUCAUUGAAGGAGACAACCUCAAGUUUGAAGAGUUCCUCAGGGAGAAUGAGAAAAAGUCUGUGGAGGCCAGAACAUUUUUUGAACAAGAGGCCAAGUCCAAACAAGAGAAGAACACUGAGAUCAAGAAACUGACUGCUGAAAUAGGAACGAUUGAAAGUGAACUGGACACGUUUGAAGAGACCAUGAUAGACUAUAAGAAAUACAAGGAGCUUCUGUUCAAGCUGUCUCCUCCUGAGUGGCAGGAAGCUCAGAAGGCCAAGGCUUUGGAAGCUAAAGUCCGGUCUGACAGAGAUGCGCAGGACAAGCAGAACAGGGAUCCUGAGGAGACAGCCAUUAGGAACGGUUUCGAAAGUGAGGUUUUCGGUCCAGGUAGAGAGCUGCAUUCAAUCAGAGAGACAAGACUGUCCUCAGCCCACAGCGACACACUAGUCACCAGUCCUGAACUGGAUGGUGACAGCCCAGAAUUUGAGGAUGAACCAGAGCUGUACUUCACUGAUCCCCAACAGCUUCUGGGUCUGAUGACAGAGCUGAGAGACCAGACUUUGUCCCUGAUUCACAAUCGUACAAGAGUGGAAGAGACACUGGAAGAACUUCAACAGUCCACAGAGACAACCAGGAAGGACAUUGAAAAGGAAGAAGAACAGCUAACACUGCAGAUAAAUGACAUAAAACAGAGGAUUGAAAAAGAGAAGGCAAGAGGGGCCAAGCUCAAACAGAAGGUUCAGCUCCAUGUGUCACUUAACACUGAAGAACAGGAUGUUAUGUUGGAGGCUCUGGGCGAGAAGGUGACAGAGGUCCAUCACUGCUGCGUAGACAACAGGAUGACCAACCUCAGCACCUUGGAGAAACUGGCCAAUAUUGAGAACCGAAUGUCCUUGCUACUGCAGGACCUUGAGAGGGUCCCCGAGGAAAGUUUAGAGAUGAUGAAGAAGAUCAAGGACAGUGAGAGGCGGACCAGACAGCGUGAAGAAAAGCUGAGAGAGCAGAAAGAGAAACAGAAGGAGAGGAUGAGGAGGUACUUGGAGAGAUCCCUGGCUGACUCCAAGAAAAAAAGUGGGAGAAAGCUCAUGCCCAGAUCCAUGCCUGUUGUCCAGAAAGUCAGGGUCAGCAAUAUGGAUGCCAGCUCUGCUGAAGAUGAGCUCCGCGCCUGCCUCUUCACCUCGGAUGACAUGGAGUAAAGAAAGAAAAAGAAAAAAGAAUGAAAGGACAAAUUUGACAUUUGGUUGGCUAUACUACAUUUAUAAAACACAAUGAAAUACAAUCAUGAAAUGUUAAAUCAAGAGUAGCUUUAUGGUGUAUGUGUGUUUGUGUGUGUAAGAAAGCUGGUACAAAAAUAUGUAUUCAUAAGAGAAUUUUUACAAUAAAAGAGUCCAAAUAGCAGA